CCAUAAGAGUCUCUUCCAAGAUCAGUUUGCAUCGAGAACUUAUUUGAAUAUCAUUGCCUUUCAAAAGCGAUCAUCACUUUAAGAUCAUUCACACAAUAAUUUUUCAAACUUAAGUGUUAAUUGUUUAAAUAAAAAAUUUAGCAAAUCAUCAUGUUCAAAUUUCUUGCCCUUGUUGUGAUCCUCGCCGUUGUUGCAGUUAACGCAUAUCCUGCUGCUGAAGAAGAAGUUAAGCUUCAAAGCCCGUCAUUGCCUAAUGACAAACCAAAUGAAGCUGAUCUGGAAGUAGCUGGAGAGGGAAGUGAUCUCAAGCCAGCAGAAACCAUCGGCUUUGGAUAUUAUCCAACUGUUCGAUUAGGAUAUGGUGGAUAUGGAGGCUGGGGAUACAGCGGUGGUUAUGGUCAUCACUGGGGUGGAUAUAGACGUGGAUAUGGUUAUGGAGGAUACCCUCAUGGAUAUUAUUGGUAGACAAAAAUAAUAAAAAAAAAACUUUUGCUAGAUUAACGAUCACGAAGACUUAUAUUAAUAAACUUUAAAUGCCAUAUAUGUAUGUAUGUAUAAAUAAAUAAAUAGUCCAGUAUUAAAUUAAAACAAAACAAAU